AUGUUGAACUCUAUUCUUUCUUUCUUCAACAAGAUUUCCUUAGAUGAAAUACUGGAACUUAAGAAACUGAAUGCCACAAACAUUAUGUACAGAUAUGAGCCAAGCAAGAAACCAUCACCAAAGAAGCUAAUGAAAGACAAAUUCCUUGAAGUUUCAGAAGCAUUGGUCAAGAAAGAAGUAAAGAAACUCAGUGGGGGAAGAAGACGUGGCCCUGCAGAAGAGAAAAAAGGCAUUCAGAUAAAGUUUGUAAUGACAAAAGAAGAAGCACUCGAGUGCUAUCAAAGUGUAAAGAUGGAAAUGUUCUCAAGUAUAAGAAUUUUGUCUGCGAAAUCAAUCAAUCCCAACAAAUCGUAUGAUGAAAUGUUGUUAAAUAAGGUGGUAAUGUAUGCAGAUGAAAAUCCAUUAGCUCUUAAAGUCUUGGGUUCUUUCCUUAAUUCCAAAAGCAAAGAAAAGUGGGAAAAUGCAUUAAAUAAGUUUAAAAAGUUUCCAGACAAGAAUAUUUUAAAUGUGCUGGCAACUAAUUAUGAAGGACUAGAUGAAGGGACCCAAAAUAUAUUUCUUAACAUUGCAUGUCUAUUUAAUGGGCCUUUUAUUAGAGAUCAUGUAGAAAGCUUGCUAGAUGAUGGUAAUUCCUGGGUGAAAGUAGGAAUAAGUGAUCUCAUUGAAAAGUCAUUAAUUGACUACGAUAGAUAUUCAGAAGGCAAUGAGCUACGAAUGCAUGAUUUGUUGGAACAAAUGGGUCAGAAAAUUAUUUGUGAUGGACAUACAAAACCUGGUCAUUGUAGUAGGAUUUGGGAUGCUAAGGAAAUUUUCCAUGUAUUGGAAAGAAAUACUGGAACUAUAGUAGUUGAAAUUAUAUCAUUCAACAUGUCUGAAAUGACUAGAGAUGUAAAAGUGUCUCGUGCAGCCUUUUCGAAGAUGUGCAAUCUACGAGUCCUCAAAAUUUAUUGUGACGAUAAUAUUGGUGAUAGCAAGCCAUGUUCAAAAACUUUGGAAUCAUGA